AUGUCCAAGCACGAUCCGGAGGCCAUCUCCAACUUCCUCGCAGACCAACGGGAUGAAGCACCGGACGCCUUGCAACACAUCUUCAUAACCUUUGAAGAUCUUUGGGACCGCAAGCUAUGGCAUCAGUUGACAGACAAUCUUCUGGAGUACUUCAAAGACCCAGCAAGCGAAAAGCAAAGACUGCCCAUCUACAACACCUUCAUCAUCAGUUUCGCGGACAAGAUCAACCAGCUCAAACUUGUCAAGUUAGCACUAGGUGCUUCAGCGCAAAUCCAAGAUGACACCGAACGAAGUCGAUUCCUAAAGACGCUCGCGGCCAGAGUCGACAAACCAGAUUCAGAAGAAGCCCACGUCUACGCCAUCACCGAACUAGCCAGCGUCUAUCUGAGAUUAGCGGAGAGAACAAAAGCGAGAGAACAGCUGGAUAACGCACAGAAGACCCUGGACCAGUUCGACUUUGUGGAGAACGUGGUUCAUGCAGCCUUUUAUCGGGUCAACGCCGACUACUUCCAAGCCGAGAACGACUACACCUCGUACUACCGAAACUCCCUCCUGUACCUUGCUUGCAUAGACGAGAGCAAGGACCUCACGGAAAAGGAACGGCAGAAAAGAGCAUACAACCUGGCAAUUGCGGCGCUGGUGUCAGAUCAGAUCUACAAUUUCGGAGAGCUGCUGCUACACCCAAUCCUGAGUGCUCUUUCCAAUAAUUAUGCAUGGCUAAGAGAAUUGCUCUUUGCUUUCAACAGAGGCGACCUGGCUACGUUCGAUCGCAUGUCCAAUAAUCUCAACAAUGACGAGACCCUUGAGUCACACCGCGAAUUCUUGUGGCAGAAGAUCAAUCUGGCGGCACUGACGGAGCUGGUGUUUAAGAGACCACCGCAUGACCGUGCAAUGACGUUCAAGACCAUCAGCCAGGAGACAAAAGUGAAGCCAGACGAGAUCGAACACCUGAUCAUGAAGGCUUUGAGCUUGGGCUUGGUACGAGGCAAGAUCGACCAGGUUGCCGAGGUAGCGCGAAUCAACUGGGUGCAGCCUAAAGUGUUGGAGCGCAGUCAAAUCGAGGGUAUGCUCGACCGACUGAAGGAAUGGGGCGGGAAUGUCAACGAUCUCGGCCACUGGAUAGAAGGCGUUGGCAAGGAUGUCUGGGCCUCGUAG